CAUUUGAUAUUUCUCAUUUUUAACUGUAAGUAUACAAAUACUCAAUCAGAGGAAGUCACCGGACUACGUUGUUUGAUUGGUCAACGUAAUCUGAGACAUAGGAGAAUAAAAGAAAAUAUGACAGAUAUAAAUAGGAUAAAAUGCCUUUUUUGGACUUAUGUUUUAUUUGCCAGUGUCAUUACAGAAGGAACUACUCAUAAUUGUGAACGAUGUGUGAAAAUGGAAGAGUGUCCAUCUUUAUCACUUAUUAAUAAAGGUGGCCCGAAAGUGGAACUUGUUCCUUGUAAAAUACAACAAAACACUGGAGGAUCAACUGUAGAUGAAGUUACAUCUAUAUCUGAAGAGAGUCAUGUGUGUUGUCCAAACUUACAUACCUUGGAAAAGGAAAAUAAUAUCUCAACUGAUAUACCUAAUAGCGAUUCAAUUAAAAGUGUUAUUAAAAGAUCAGCAAAUCCAGACAGAAGACCUUGGCAAUAUGGGAACAAGAAUAAACCCUCUAAUAGUGUUCUUAGUUUGGGUGACCAUUGCGCAGCAAAAGCAAGCUUACUGCCUAACCCUGAUACUUUAUGCUGCGGUAUUAAUAUUUCUGAACUGGACGAUAUUGUUAAUAAUGAUGUUACAAAAGAUAUUGAUAUGUUGCCUUGGACUGCAUUUCUGAUUUCGACGUUCGACCAAGAGGAAAUAUACAGCUGUGAAGGAGUUUUAAUAAGUCGCCGACAUGUCUUAACCGCUGCCCAUUGCGUCGAUAAACCUAGACUUGUAUUGCAAAAGUAA